AAAGGGACUGCUUGCUCAGUCGCGGUGGGAUACCCUGGCGCUGACCGCCCUGGGUCCGUUACCACUGCUGCCGCCCGCGUCGAUGCGCCCGGCACGACCUCGCGCCACCAUGUAAACGGCACCCGACGGCGGACGCUGGCUUGUCGGCCUGGGUCCCCUCUGUCCCGCCCCGGGCCCCAGGGCCCUCGAUGAGGACGCACCAUGCUGACUGGGGUGACCGACGGGAUCUUCUGCUGCCUGCUAGGCGCACCGCCCAACACUGUGGGACCCCUGGAGAGUGUUGAGUCCAGUGAUGGCUACACCUUUGUGGAGGUCAAGCCAGGCCGCGUGCUGCGGGUGAAACACGCUGGGCCUGCCUCAGCCCCAACCCCACCGCCACCACCAAACCCCCACGACGCUCAUGGGGACCGCUCUGGCCUGGUCCGCUGCCAGCGCCGGAUCACCGUGUACCGCAAUGGGCGGUUGUUGGUGGAGAACCUGGGCCGGGAGCCACGAGCCGACCUCCUGCACUGGCAGAAUGGCUCUGGGGAGCCGCCGGCCGCCCUGGAGGUGGAGCUGGCCGAGCCUGCGGGCAGCGAAGGCCGCUCUGGCCCAGGCAGCACAGGCAGCGGUGGGCGGCGGAGGCGUGCCCGGCGCCCCAAGCGGACCAUCCACAUUGACUGUGAGAAACGCAUCACUAGCUGCAAGGGCGCCCAGGCCGACGUGGUGCUCUUUUUCAUCCAUGGGGUUGGUGGCUCCUUGGCCAUCUGGAAGGAACAACUGGACUUCUUUGUACGCCUGGGCUAUGAGGUGGUGGCACCUGACCUGGCAGGCCAUGGGGCCAGCUCUGCACCCCAAGUUGCCGCUGCUUAUACCUUCUACGCUCUGGCUGAGGACAUGCGCGCCAUCUUCAAGCGCUAUGCCAAGAAGCGAAAUGUGCUCAUCGGGCAUUCAUAUGGCGUGUCCUUUUGCACGUUCCUGGCCCAUGAGUACCCAGACCUGGUGCACAAAGUGAUCAUGAUCAACGGCGGUGGCCCCACAGCGCUGGAGCCUAGCUUCUGCUCCAUCUUCAACAUGCCCACCUGUGUCCUGCACUGCCUGUCCCCCUGCCUGGCCUGGAGCUUCCUCAAGGCUGGCUUUGCCCGCCAAGGGGCAAAGGAAAAGCAGCUGCUGAAAGAGGGCAACGCAUUCAACGUGUCAUCCUUCGUGCUGCGCGCCAUGAUGAGCGGUCAGUACUGGCCCGAGGGCGACGAAGUGUACCACGCAGAGCUCACCGUCCCAGUCUUGCUUGUCCACGGCAUGCACGACAAGUUUGUGCCUGUGGAGGAGGACCAGCGCAUGGCCGAGAUCCUGCUCCUGGCCUUCCUGAAGCUGAUCGAAGAGGGCAGCCACAUGGUGAUGCUGGAGUGCCCAGAGACCGUGAACACGCUGCUUCACGAGUUCCUGCUGUGGGAGCCUGAGCCCAUGCCGCAGGCCCUACCCGCGCCCCCAGAGGAGAAAAAGUAG